CCUGUUUGGAUGUUUGCGGAACAACUCACUGACCUGAUGUCCUCAGCAAAUAUCUUCCAGCCAAGUCAACGUCAUUCACCUUUUCUCCACUGAAUGAGACUAAGGGCCUCCCGCAGCAGCCCCAGUGCAACCAUGACUACAAACAACGAUUCCACCACGAGCGUGGACACGUGGUCCUCCAUCCGCUGUCUUGGUUACCUGUCCAGCCUGAACCUUCUGGUUGCGGUGUGUCUGGGCAUGUAUGUGCGAUGGGAGCACAAAUCAGAAACCAUGAUACUGGUCAUCUUCAUCUUGGGUCUGUUUGUCUUGGGAAUAGCCAGCAUCCUGUACUAUUACUUCUCCAUGGAGACAGCCAGCCUUAGCCUAUUCCAUCUAUGGUUUGGCUUCUUGCAAGGUCUUCUGUGUUUCCUCAACAGCCCUGUUCUGGAGCAAAAUGUGAAAGAACAGGUGACCAACUACCUCCUCCUGGCUAGCGUGGCUAUUCGGAUUAUAUGGGCCCUGACAGAAGGUAUCUGUGGCACCGCCCGGUACCGCCCAACCCUGCUGACCUCCGCAGAGGCUCUAGAACUGCUCGGGUUUGGCAUAGCCAGCACCAUCCUGCCACUCGAUGAAGCUGUAGCCAUUGUUACUUUGUUGCUGGCACUGGCCGUGCUCAUGGUGGACCUCCGUACGAACUCGGUCCUGGCGCUGCCAGGUCUGAUUGUCUUCACUGUUAUCACCUCUGUGGCUUUCUUCCAAGCUUUGAAGAUCCUAACCAACCCGUUUGCUUUGGCCUGUUACUUGGGCAGGUUAAUUUGUGAACCACUGUUGGAUGUCUUCUUCAGCGGGCUUUCUGUGACAGAGCGUUGGCUGCCGUUCCUAACGGCCGGGCGCCUGUGGAGAAGGUUCUCUCUGCUUCCGCUCUGCGUGGUGGAACUGGGCUUCUUCGUGCGCUGUGCACUAAAGCUGCGUGAUUUGAACUUUUGGUACCUGGUCAUCCCGGGUUUCUGUGUCUUCUGGCUCUUCUGGCUUCUGUGCCAUGUGGUUUUCCUUGUCACUUUGUGGGGUUUCCACUCCAAGCUCAGUGAGUGCCAGAGGGCACAGGCUGCCCAGCGAAUCAACAAACAAGGCCUGGAGAGGGUCAUGACCUCCCGCGGAAUGCGACAUUUUUGCCUUAUUUCUCAGCGCCUGGUAUUCUUCAGCCUGAUGUCCACUGCCAUACUGGCAGCUGUCUCAUGGCAGGGCUCUGAUGGUAUCUUUAUGAGUGUCUUUCUGCUGGUGCUGCCUAUGGAGUCUCUGGCUCAUGGACUCUUCAGAGACUUGGGAAACUGUCUUGGAGGAACUAGUGUGGGCUAUGCAGUGGUCAUUCCUACCAGUUACUGCAGUCCUGAUGGCCAGCCUGUGUUACUGCCUCCUGAGGAGGUUCAGGAGUUGAACGGUCGCUCCACAGCCAUGUUGAACAGCAUUCAGCGUCUUUUCUCUCAUCACUUGAUCCAGACGUUUGGCUGCGAUUACUCUACCAGCGGUCUGAGCCUGGAAGCUUUGCAAACGAAACUUUGCACAUUUCUGGAGCUGUGCACCUCAGAGGGCCCACGACAUGACACCUAUGUUAUCUUCUACAGUGGACACACACUACGGACCGGAGACUGGGCCCUCACAGGUGGGAAAAGUCUGCGUCUGGAGCAGAUCCUUGAUUGGUGGAGAGAACGGAACGCUGGGUUCUGCUCCCGCCUCAUUCUGGUUUUGGACACAGAGAAUUCAUUACCGUGGGUGAAAGCUGUACGGAGGGUUGAGGGAAUUUACGUGGCAGUCCAAGGCGCCCAGAUGAGUUUUGGAGAUGACUUGGAACGGCAAGAGGUCCCCCGCCUUGGUGACUUCACCUCUGAAUGGGUGGAGUACAACUGUAACCCAGACAGCAACGUGCAGUGGUCAGAAAAGGGAAGACUCAUUUCCGCCACAUACGGUGUCUCUAAACACUGGAGUGACUACACACUACACCUGCCCACUGGAAGCGAUGUUGCCAAACACUGGAAGACCCAUUUUCCAAAGCCUACGUACCCUCUAGUUUCUGUGGCAAACUGGUGUUGUGGACUGAACCUGUUUUGGUUGUGUGGAGUGUGUAUGCGGUGUUUCAGGAGACUAAAACAGUCCUGGUUUCCUCCCAGUGUGCUGGACACUGGUCAGGGGAUCAAACUGGUACAGUCUUAGACUGGUAUAGACUUAUACUCAAACACAAAUACCAGGAAAUGUUGAUGAACAAUUUGAGCAUUAUUUUUAUAUAAUAUUUUCUUUGUUGAGAACUUGGGUGAUGAGGUUUUUUUUUUGUUUUGUUUUGUUUUGGGUUUUUUUUAAGUUA